AUGACAUCAUCCAGGUUCGGGCAAAACUCUUUUUCUCAAUCUAGUAGAGAUAUGAGUGAUAUAGCAUGGAGACAUGUUAUUGAGGGUCAAGAUCAAAAUGGAAGGAAGACAUUGAUAUGUCUUCACUGUGGGAAAGGGGAUGUCAGUGCUUGUUUAAAAGUUCCUUUUGAUAUUCAAUACUUGAUGAGAGAAACACUAAAAAGAAUUGAGACAAAGAAUAAAGAGAAGGCUAAUUCUAGUAAGUAUGCAAAUCCUUACGGUGCUUCCGUACAUGAAUUUGAGGGAGAUAAGAUAAAUGAAGAUAAUGAAGAGCCUUUGGUGGAUGCUAUAGCUACAACUGGGCUUAAGUAUAAACACCCAAAUUAUCAUGGUUUGCGUGUCAAUUUGUUGAGAGAUGCUACGAAGGAGGUGCAACUUCUUGUUGACAGUUACAAGAAGACAUGGGAAAAUGUUGGAUGUACCUUAACAGCUGAUGGUUGGACCAAUAAUUCACACAGGUCAUUGAUCAAUUUUAUAAUGUAUUGUCCUAAAGGAGUUUCUUUUGUGAAAUCAUUUGAUGCUUCAGAUGUUGUAAAGGAUGCUGGGAGAUUGUUGAAGAUAUUUGAGGAGAUAGCUUUAUGGAUUGGACUUAGUAGUAUUGUCCAUUUUGUCUCAGUCAAUGGAUCCAAUUAUAAAGAUGCUGAAAGAAUGUUGUCUGAGAAAUAUCCGAGUAUUACUUGGUCGCCCUGUGCAGCAUAUAGCAUAAAUUUGGUGUUAAAAGACAUAGCUGAGACGGAUCACGUUUAUCUUGCGAAACGUGCUUUUGAGGGUUGGAAAGAAAUUGUUCGUCUGAGCACAACCCGUUUUGCUACAACUUUCAUUGCAAUGAUAAGCCUUCAUAAGCACAAACAUAACUUGCAAGCCAUGGUGACAGAUAAGUCAUUUGUUGAUUCUUGA